AUGUCCAUCGACGCCACUCUCAUCCGUUGGUUCUACACCACCAUCUCGAAGGACCUCUUCCACACGGUGGUCUCCGCCGACGAUGAUGCUCACGCCGUUUGGACCAAGCUCAACGGCCUCUUCACCGACAACGCGCUCCAACGCAAGGUUUUCUUGCACGGCGAGUUUUUUGGGUGCCAGCAGCUCGACACGUCUGUUGACGAUUACUGCAUGCGCCUCAAGAAGCUUGUUGACGAGCUCCGUGACCUUGGUGAGACGGUCUCCGACGAGCUCCUCCUCAGCACCCUCAUCGCCGGCCUGAACGACGAUUUCGGGAACGCCGCCUCCAACAUCCCCCUCAUCACCAACCCAACGUUCCCGAAGAUCGUUGCGUACCUGAAGUUGGAGGAGCGGAGGAUGCGGAUGUCACGCACCCAGGCCAACCACACCGCCCUUACCGCCGGUACCCGCGGUGGUGCGCCGCCCACCGCCCCGCUGAGGCCCGCUCCGGGCCCCUUCCAGGCGUCGCCGCCGCCCGGGUUCCCGUACCCGCAGUAG